CAUGGUGCGCGCGAGAGAGAGAGAGAGGGACGGAGAGUGUGAAGCAGAUGACAUGUGGUCAACCGGCCACGCUGGCCGGCACACGUAGCAUCCAUGAUCCAUGUGCCACGCUUCAUCACGGGGCCCUUCAAGCCGAACUCGCUCUUCUUGGAGGACGCGGAAUAUGGGAGAGCACUGGAUGCCUUAGUGAAAGCUGUGUCGGACGUCCUCAUCACCUCGCCGGACGGCGGCCGCAUCUUCUUGGGGAGGCGGAAGGUGCACCCUCAACCAGAUUGGUGGUACAUGGGUGGACGUGCCAAGCCUGGUGAGAUCCCGCAGCAGGCGGCCGCGCGUGUGAUGCGGCGGGAGUUGGGAUUGCAGCUGGCGCCCGCGCGCUUUGAGGUCAUUGGAAGCUAUUCCAUGAUCUGGGCCAUGCGCGAGCAGCCUCCCGCUGAGCACGGGACCGCGGAUAUUAGCACUGUGCACCACUUGGUCAUCCAGCCCGAGGAGGAGGCGGCCGUGCAGAUUGACGAGAAGGAGUAUGCGGAGUCCCGGUGGUUUCAUCCGGAGGAGGUCUUGAAGGGCGAAUUUCACCCGAUCCUGAAGCAGGCCCUGAGAGACUUGCAGGCCAAGACCACUUACAAGGCCCUGCAGCAGGCAGUCCAGCAGGGUGAUGAGGACUCCCGCUUGGCCACCUUGGCGCGCGCGUUUGUAGCGGCUGCGCAGGAGUCCAUGUUGCCCGCUGAGCGGGGGGUGAUGCAAGUGGACUUCGAUGAGGCUUCUCGGAAAUAUGCAGUCACACUUCAGGAAGAGUCUUGAGUCUUGACCGUGGCGAACGUGCCACUGCUAAUGGCAAGAACAAAACUGAUCGCCAAGGAUGGGUUCAAGGGCCAAAGGGCUCUCACCCCUCAAACGGUCGCAUUGUUGUGUCCCACUGUUUGCCAAAUCUUUGUCGCAUGAUCUUGUUUGGGGUCUAUGCUGGUGUGGUUGUUGGCUGAAUCACUGCCAUGUCAGGAGGUCAGUGGUUAAAUAAUUGAGGACUUGAGCGCUCAGGGCGGUUUCGAAGGCC